AUGGCCGGUGUGGUAAAUAUUCGAGACAUCGAUCAGUCAUUGGGAUCAAGUUUUCAGAUUAAAGCACGUGUUUUAAAAGUUCACGAGUUACGUACCUUCAAAAAUAAUACAGGAAAACUUUUUUGUGUGGAUAUAUUUGAUGCUACGGGAGAAAUACGUCUCACCGCUUUUAAUAACGAUGCCGAAAAUGUGUGCUCAAUUUUCAAGAAAGACCAGAUUUUUAGCAUAGUAAAUGGAAAAAUUAACAAAGCUAAUAAAUUAUACAAUCGCCUUAAUCAUAAUUAUGAAAUUAUAAUGGGACCUAUGACAAUUAUUACUCAAAUAGAAGAUACAUCGGAUGUAGUUCCAACACACGUCACUCUUAUGACGUUUGAUAACACUAUUGGAGUAAUAAUUCGCAUAGAAGACAUAGUAGACAUUGUAAAGCCAACCAAAACACUGAAACUACGAGAUGUUAUAAUAGCAGAUAAUACUGGAAUCGAGGUUACACUUACGCUAUGGAACGAAGAAGCUUCUGUAUUUAGUGGAAAAAUAGAAGACGUUCUUUCAGUUGAGAAGGGUAAAUUAGUUGUUUAUAAAAAAGGUAAAAAAUUAUCUGUAACGCAGUCUACUGUUAUACAAAUUAACCCUAAUUGGCCUGAAAAAGAAGUGUUAAAAGAAUGGUAUAAAAAUGAGGGCCAAUAUCAAGUCGAUAGAAUGGAUUUAACACAAUCAUCAAAUAGUUUAAACAAAUUGACUUACAUAGCAACUUUCUAUAAUGUGUGUUGUAUUUUUUUUUCAAUAACAGAUAACGCAUAUUUAACAUCAGUAGAUGAUAAGAUUUUUUCACAAAUAGUGGAAGACGAAAAGUCUACGAAACGUCGUUUAGAUGAGAUAUACAUCCUCCAAGAACAGCUGCAAAGUGAAAUUAUUGAACUUACAUUUAAAAAAAUUAGAUUAAAUCUCGAACGUCAAGCGGUAGAAAAUAGGAUUAUUAAUAGAAGACAAUAA